GUCUUUCCGUCGCUAAGCAACCAGCAUGUAAACAAGAUGGCGGUCUGGUACUGAGCGUCCUGUUUCCCGGCAGCGAGAGUAACAUUGGAGCAAGCUGCUCACCCACGUCUCGGGUGAAAGAUGGCGCUAGUGGUCCUCAGCCCGGGGUUUCGAGAAGAAUUCUCUCCUGGAAGCCCACGGGAGCUGGAGCACGAUGAGGAAACUAGUGAGAGAUGGAAAGCUUCAAGCCCUGCCAGCAGCACAGACUCGGGGGAUUCUAUCAGUGACAGCGAGGAGGAGAGUGAUAAAGACAUGUCUGUGAUGGAGGCAGAGUUUGAUGGAGUGUUGCGAGAAGAAACUGUUUCAGAGGGGCUGUCAAUGCUGGGUCGGUCAGCCACAGGUUCAGAACAUGUCUACUUGAAUCUAACCCUUGUGAAUCGUAGCUUGAGAGACAUUCAGGUUCUCUGUGGGUACAGCCACCUUCAGAAGUUGGAUAUCUCCAAUAAUGAGAUCAGCGACUUGUCUUGUGUGAGCUUCAUGCCAUACCUCACUGAACUGAAUGCCUCUAACAAUAGGCUAAGCACCUUCUUUGAUUUCGCACCACCUAAAAAUCUUAGGGUGGUGGAUCUUUCAUUUAAUCAGAUAACCCACAUGACAGAUUUAUCUGCACAUAAGGCUCUGACAAGACUCAUUUUAAACAAUAAUAACAUAGAAGAGAUCAUUGGCUUAGACAAAUGCUGCAGUUUGACACAUCUUAACCUGGCUCACAACAGGAUCCACAAUAUAAGUGUCUUUGGCAAAUUACCACUUAAAGAGCUAUAUCUGAAUUCAAAUUAUAUUAAGAACAUCUCUGGCUUGGAGAAUCUCAAAUCUUUACAAACACUCAACCUGUCGUGUAACCAGAUCUCCAGCUUAGAAGGACUGGAAGGACUGAACUAUCUCUUGUGCCUCAACCUAGAAGAUAAUGAAAUCUGUCAAAUUAGUGAAAUUACCUUCAUUGAAGAACUCCCGCUGCUACAUGUGUUAAAUCUAUUAAAAAAUCCAGUUCAGGAGCAACCAGAAUACUGGCUGUCUGUCCUUUUUAUGCUGCAGAAGCUAACUGUGCUUGAUCUGAAGAAGAUUCAAAUAGAAGAAAAGGUGGCAGCAGUGAAUAAGUAUGAUCCACCCCCUGAAGUGAUUGCCACUCGAGAUCAUAUGGCCAAUGUUAUGUACAGUAUGAUUCAGCCUCAGAAGGUAUUUGACAGUACGCUACCAAAUGUAGAUACUCCAUAUCCUAUGUUAGUGCUUACUGGACCUCAGUCGUGUGGUAAGAGAGAGCUUGCGCAUAGAAUGUGCAGGGAAUUUAAAGAGUUCUUCAGAUAUGGGCCAUGCCACACUACCAGGAAUCCAUACUUUGGAGAAGAAAAGCGAUUUGAUUAUCACUUUGUUACACCAGAGGCAUUUGAAGAAAUGACCUGCUCGGGCCAGUUUCUUCUAACUAUGAAGUACAGUGGCCACUAUUAUGGAUUAAGCAGAGAAUCAGUGGAAUCAGUUGCCAGAGAAGGUCUUGCUUGCUGCACCCACAUGGAGAUAGAGGGCGUGAGAAGCUUAAAGAAUUGUUACUAUGAACCACGCUACAUCUUGCUUGUGCCCAUGAAUAAAGAAAAAUAUGACGGUUGGCUGAGACGAAAAGGCUUGUUCACCAGACCAGAGAUAGAUGUUGCGGUAUCCAGGGUGGACAUGUACCUUAAGAUAAACCAGGAAUCCCCAGGUUUUUUUGAUGCUGUUAUCAAUACAGAUGAUUUAGAUGAAGCUUACUCUUCACUAAGAUUACUUGUUAAGGAAUACUUGGGUCUCACUGAUCCUGUCCAGUCAAGUCAGGCUAAUGCUGGCACCAAAUCAGGAUCUGAUUCAGUAAAAUCAUCGAUUGGAUCCAUGCAAGUUAAACCCUCACAGCUUGGAACCUCCAAUGACCUUGAUUCUGCAACCAGAAACUACUCCAGUAGAGCAUCAGCAAAGCUGCCCUUACAGAAAACCCCUGUGGAAGAAGCUUCUGUACAGAGGAGGCAGCAGGUGGCACGACAGGCUUUAGCAGGGAAGACCCCUCACACUUACACCCAACUGUUUCAGAGAGGUCCUGUAACUGCUCCAGCAACUUUGGGCACACAACGUCACCUGUUAGAUCCUGCAUCUUGUUCAUCAAUGCUGCCAAGUGGAAGUAAUGUCACUGCUGAGCGCAGUUUUCCUCCAGCAAGUACUGAUACCAGCUCCAGAGAUUCUCGGCCAAGCUCCGGACUCUCAUUACUCUCCUCUGCUGGAGCCUUUUCUGCAAGGAGAUCUUCCUCCCAGCCAACUCCUGUCAUUACUAUACACUCUCCUCCAGAAGAUACAAUAGAACCAUUAGAUCUAUCUGGCAUUAAGCAAGGAUCCGACAGUAUAUCAGAUCAUCAUGAGAAUGGAAAGACCCCAGACACACCUCGGCUGCCUUCUUCUGCUCACUCUGACACACAAUCAGCCACAUCAUCAACCAGACCCUCUGCUCACACAAGUCGCCCAGGCUCCAACACUAAACCCAUUCUACCCCCUAUUCCAUCAGGACGCAGGAAAUCUUCCACUUCCACCUGAUUCAUGUGAUAUCAAUCUGGCUUGUACAAUGGAUCAACACUAACGGGAAAAUGGUGGUCAAAUAUAAAAAAAAUAUGUGUGUGUGUAUAUAUAUAUCUAUAUAUAUUCAGCUGUGUGGAUAGAUGCAUCAAGUGCUAAUGCAAAUAUAUUGCUUUAACUCCCUCUCUCUACCAUAUUUUUGUUUCUUUUAAGCAUUAAAGAAAAAACGAGAGGGGGAAAAAAUAGAAGUAAGGCUCGCUGACAAUAUUAUGCACUAUUUUUUAGAGCUAAAGGAAGUGUUCAGUAUAAAAAUAAAAACUGUGUAAAUAAAUAGGCUGUGCAAAAUAAAAAUGUUUC